AUGCCUUGUGCCUCUGGAAGGCGUGGAUCACAUCACCUUCCUCUCAAUGUGAGCAUUGUUCUCAAUGCAGAUGUCACUGCUGCCAGCUUGGAUGUUGAAGCAGCUGAUUGCAAGCCUGCAGAGGAGGAGGAAACUCUGCCUAGGCUGAUUGCUGCAACACCCAGCGCUGGUAUAUGUUAUGCAUGGACAGCUGGAGAAGAGUGUGACUACAUGCAGGCAGUGCAGUUUUUGGCUGGCAGGAAAGGGCUGACAUGGGCUCAGCAAGACAAAUUGGUUGGCUUUGCAAAAGAGGCUGAUCCUAUGAUGCAAGAGCUGAUGUGCAUCUGUACCAGCAUGAAGAUUUGA